AUGAAUGACGUGGUGCAAGACUACCGGGAUGGAAACAAAAUCAUACACAAAUCAUGUCGCUUCGAAGACAGCGGCUCAGAUAGCGGCUCCCAGCCUGGUCAACCUUUUGGCGAAUUUGAGGACUUUUCAGAUACCCGGCCACCGCAAACACAGGAGAUGGGAUCGCAACCAAAUUUCGAUACGAACAAGGACACUUUUGAAGAGUCAGCUAGUGAUCCAGACAUCUCAGAUACUCUGAUGAGAGAGGCCAGUCCUCCAGAUCAACGUGAUAUUCAUAGGUGGGGUGACGUUAUCCCUUUUCAGUAUUGGGCAGAGCAUUGCUAUAAGAAGUACGGGGGAUGGAGGAAUGAGUACGAGCGACUCGAAUACUACUGCUUUAAAUGCUUGGCAUUUCUUGAAGGCUGGGAUGCGGAAUAUGAGGAGGUCUGUGAAUAUUUGGAGGCACUUUCCGAAGAAGCUGAAGGGGAUGGAUCCGAUUCAGACAUGACCGACAUGAGUGUAUGUGAUUAA